AUGUGCCAUGGCCUCCCCGCCCCCCGACCAUCCAAGCUCUCCAUCAUACCUCUGCCGCCCCAGGAACCCACCUUGAGAUCCCCCACAUCCUGGCCCGGCUCCUCUGGAGACAUUUCUGUCUUCCCUGCAGGGUACACCCAACAGCUGGUCUUCAGACAGGAAAACGCGGCAUUUGCAGCCUUCUUGGGCAGGAAAGCCAGUACCUGGCUGACAGCCUACGUGGUCAAGGUCUUCUCUCUGGCAGCCAACCUCAUUGCCAUCAACUCCCAGGUCCUCUGUGGGGCUGUCAAAUGGCUAAUCCUGGAGAGGCAGAAGCCUGAUGGGGUCUUUCAGGAAGAUGGGCCCGUAAUUCACCAAGAAAUGACUGGGGGCUUCCGGGAGAAUGAGGAGAAGGAUGUAUCCCUCACAGCCUUUGUUCUCAUUGCGCUCCAAGAGUCUAAAGAUUUUUGCAGUGAUCAGGUCAACAGCCUGCAGCGCAGCAUUGAUAAGGCAGGAGAUUACCUUGAAGCCCACUACAGGAACCUCAGGAGACCAUAUUCUGUGGCCAUUGCUGGCUACGCCCUGGCCCAAUCAGGCAGGCUGGAGAAUGACCUCCUUGAAAAGUUUCUGAGCACAGCCAAAGAAAGGACAAGGUGGGAGGAGCCUGGUAAGAAGCUCUACAGUGUGGAGGCCACAUCCUAUGCCCUCUUGGCCCUGCUGGUGCUCAAAGACUUUGACUCUGUACGUCCCGUCGUGAGCUGGCUCAAUGAGCAGAGAUACUAUGGAGGCGGCUAUGGCUCCACCCAGGCCACCUUCAUGGUGUUCCAAGCCUUGGCCCAAUACCAGAAGGAUGUCCCUGACCACAAGGACCUGAACCUGGAUAUAUCCAUUGACCUACCUAGCCGCAGCUCUGCCAUCAAGCACACCAUCCUCUGGGAGUCUGCUAGCCUCCAGCGGUCAGCAGAGACCAAGAAAAAUGAGGAUUUUGUAGUGACAGCUCAAGGAAAAGGACAAGGCACCUUGUCGGUGGUGACAACGUACCAUGCCAAGCUCAAGGCCAAACAGACCUGCAAGAAGUUUGACCUCAGGGUGGCUAUCCGACGAGCUCCUGAAGACGUCAAGAGGCCUCAGGAUGCCCUGAACACCAUGAUCCUUGACAUCUGCACCAGGUACCUGGGAGACAAGGAUGCCACCAUGUCGAUCCUGGAUAUAUCCAUGAUGACUGGCUUUUCUCCUGACACUGGUGACCUUGACAUGUUGAGCAAUGGCAUCGACAGAUACAUCUCUAAGUAUGAGCUGAACAAGGCCUUCUCACAGAAGAACACCCUCAUCAUCUACCUGGACAAGAUCUCACAUGAAAAUGAGGACUGUCUGACCUUCAAAGUGCACCAGUACUUCAAUGUGGGGCUUAUCCAGCCUGGGUCGGUCAAGGUGUACUCCUAUUACAACCUGGAUGAGAAUUGUAUCCAGUUCUACCACCCAGACAAAGAAGACGGUUUGCUGAGCAAGCUCUGUCACAGAGACAUGUGCCGCUGUGCUGAGGGCUGCCCCACAGCCACCCUUGCCAUUACCCCCACCAUGCUUCCCCUCCUCCCCCCGUCAGUGUACAAGACCAGGCUUCUCAGGAAGGAGCCGUCAGAUGACUUUGACGAUUACAUAAUGGUCAUCGAGCAGGUCAUCAAAUCAGGCUCUGAUGAGGUGCAGGCUGGACAGGAGCGCAGGUUCAUCAGCCACAUCAAGUGCAGAGAGGCCCUGAGGCUGCAGGAGGGGAAACACUACCUCAUAUGGGGCAUCUCUACCAACCUGUGGGGAGAGAAACCCAACAUCAGCUACAUCAUUGGGAAAGACACCUGGGUAGAGUUGUGGCCAGAGCUUGAUGAAUGCCAGGAUGAGGAGAAUGAGAAGCAGUGCCAAGAACUGGCUGACUUCACUGAGAACAUGGUUGUCUUCGGCUGUCCCAACUGACCCCUCCCCAUAACCCCCACAAUAAAGCUUUACUUAGAGUUCA